AUGGCUGGGUCCCGUAGGAGUCCGGUGUUGAGAGACCAGUGGAGAACCACCGGUGACACUAGAGACGAGAGAGAUCGGGAACGGCACAGACCUCGAGGAUCACAUCGUGACAGGGGAAGGUCAGGCUAUCGUGACAAGGACCGUCGUCGUCGACACAAGGACGGGAGACCCGGUCCCCCGUUUCGGUCGCCACCACCGCGUCCUUUCUCUCACGACGUCGAAGAGCGUCCCCCACCCCGUGAAUUUUCUCCUAGUGCCGCUUCUGCUCGUGGCUUCCCUGGUCUCUCUCACUCGGAGACCAAGCACCGUCAGAACCAGGCUGAGUUUUCAGGCCCGAACCCCUCCCGUCCUUGGGAGACUGCGAGACCAAUCGAGAGAGAUUACCCAAGAGACGGGUCACCAUCUGCACCUCCUUCAAAACGCAAGAGAACUCGAAGUCCUUCUCCCAGCGGUUAUCCUCAUCGCCCUAGCCACCCUAACCAACCGCGACAUCGCUAUCCAGGGGGCGAUUUUGACCGAGGCUUCCCGUAUAAGAAGCGUGGUGGCCGCUUCCCUGGUCGUGGGAGGUCCGGGCGAAGAUCUCCACGACGGGGUAGAGACCGGCGUAAACCGGAAGGUGGACGACGACAACCUUCGCCUCGUCCUAGACGAUCUAAGUCCCCCGUCCGUGGUGGCAAGUCUUAUAACUACCCUCGUCGGCGGUUUCACAGCCCUCAGCCCGAAGAAGAUUUUGAGGAAGGGUCUCGUUAUCGAUCUGUGUCUCGCCAUUCUACUCGGUCCGGCGAUUCAAGGCUAUCUUUUGCUUCUCGCCGUGACUCGAUGACGAUGGAUACUUCUAGACCGGUUCGUUCUAUGACAGACGAGUCGUUCCGAUCUCCUUCGCCACCUCGACUAAGCCCAAGUUUUGAUGCGGACAAUGCUACUACCUCUGCGAUUGGAGAUACAGUGCGUGAAACAUUUCAGCCGCACGGCAGGCGGCCAUCUGAUGCACAAGGUGGUCCGCAUCCUCGUUCCACCCGGGCACACGUUGAUACAAGAGAAUACUCGGCGUCACCGCAGCGUGCGACGCCGACUAAUUCAUUUCACAGCUCUCCGCAGCCUACAUCUCCAUUUUCUGCCGGUCGGGGUGGAUGGAGUGGACAACAACGUGCAUAUCUUGAGCAAUCAGGCCAUUCCUCUCCGCAUAGGUAUUCUCAAAAUGGCCAACAGGGCCAGUAUUAUCAAAAUCCUAACCCAUACAAUGCACCCUCCCACUCUGGCCCGCCUUAUCGUGGAGGUCAUUCAGGAUACCGUGGCAAUUAUCACGGUGGUCGCCGGUUCUCUAAUUCUGGUCUUUUGAAUCACAGCAAUGGCCCUUCGCCACGUGGUCGCGGUCGUUUCACCAGCUUUUCACGAGGUGGAGCAUACCCCCGAGUCCGAGGAUCCUCCCAUAGUCCUCAUUCCACGCAUGGUCCAGCGUCACCGAGUCCUCCACCUCCCCCUCCGCCGGACGAUGAGGCGGCAAGGGCUGUGGAGGAGGGUAGCAACGUUUUCGAACAUCCCGUGAAUGACCCUCACGCAGAUAAUGAAGGUUCUAAAUCUUUCCCCGAGACUGGAGGUCAUCAGCAGCAACCAUUGAAUACGCAAAAACCCGACACUUCAACACCGAAUAAAGGAGGCAAGAUCAGUUUCGCAUUCAAAGCGAAGACUACUCCGGCUCCGGCCCCUAAACCAGUCCCUGAUUUGGCGCAGAGAAUGUUGGCACGUGAGCCACCCUCCAGGGCCGCCGAGCCCCCUCGCAGCAGAAUGCCUACUGGCCCAGCGCCGAAAUUCAAGCCGGAUCUAAGAUUUGAUCGUCGUGACCGAGACCGGGAGCGUCAUCGCGAACGAGACCGGGAUAGGGGAAGGCCUGACCGGAGAGAUUUCCGGGAUUCUCGUGGCUUCCGCGAGCCCCGGGAUGGGCGAGAGAACCGGAGAGAGGACCGUCGGUUCGACAACCGCAAUGAGAGAAGGAGGGGCGACCGUCGACGUGAUUUCCGUCCUGAACGUCACCGUGAACUCUCUCCAGAACCUAAGAAGCAAACCAAGAUCGUGACUCGGAUGAAACCACGUCCCACUCUGUCUGAUGAGUUUGCCAAAUCGGAUUCUGUAUAUUACCGGAAGCCUGGGAACGAGUCGGUGAUUGGUGCUGGCACUUAUGGGAAGGUAUUCAAGGCGAUCCAUGUCUACACCCAAAAUAAAGUGGCCUUAAAGAAGAUACGGAUGGAAGGUGAAAAAGAUGGGUUCCCAGUCACUGCAGUACGAGAAAUCAAACUGCUCCAACACCUCCGUAACCACAAUGUGGUCAGCUUGCUGGAAGUGAUGGUUGAGAAGAACGAAUGCUUCAUGGUGUUCGAAUAUCUUUCGCACGACCUUACUGGUCUCAUCAACCACCCGACAUUUACGCUUACGGCGAGCCACAAGAAAGAUCUAGCAAGGCAGAUGUUUGAAGGGCUAAAUUACCUUCACCAUCGAGGCAUCCUACACCGUGAUAUCAAGGCUGCAAACAUCCUCGUAAGCAAUCGAGGGCAGCUCAAAUAUGCCGACUUCGGCUUGGCGAGAUUUUUCUCCAAAAGUCGCCAGCUUGAUUAUACUAAUCGGGUUAUCACCAUAUGGUAUCGGCCGCCGGAACUCCUUCUGGGUGAAACUAGAUACGGACCAGCGGUUGAUGUUUGGAGUGCAGCCUGUGUAUAUGUGGAAAUGUUCACCAAGAAAGCUGUAUUCCCUGGCGAAGGGGGAGAGAUCAGCCAGUUGGACAAGCUCUACAAUUCUUUGGGGACACCUACGCGGGCGGAGUGGCCAGAUGUUGUCGAAAUGCCAUGGUUUGAACUGAUGCGGCCAACCGAGCGAAAAAAGCGAGCCUUCGAGGAUGUGUAUAGCUCAGUCCUGUCCCCGGCAGCUCUGGACAUGGUUUCUCAGGUUUUCCGAUAUGACCCUGCGAAGCGGCCAACGGCGGAGGAAGUCUUGAAACACCCGUACUUUAUCUCCGAGGAGCCAAAGCCCCAGCAGGCCAUCGAACUGGAAAACAUCGAAGGGGACUGGCACGAAUUCGAAUCAAAAGCCCUCCGUAAGGAGAGGGACCGAGAGGCGCGUCGUGCGGAGUAUCAGAAGGAUAAAGAGAAACGAAAAGCGGCCCCUUCAGGUUCUCAGAGUGAACGAGACAUCAAGCGUAUCAAACAAGAUGCAACCGAGGAGCCGGUUGAGUACUAG